AUGCUUGCUGCCCCACGUUAUCAUCCUUCUCUCUUGAUUCUCUCUGCAGUUCAGCGCCCUGCAGUCACCAUCAGUGAAUGUUCCACUUGGGGUAACUUCCAUUUUCAGACAUUUGACCACGUAAAAUUUAACUUUCCUGGACUUUGCCAUUAUAUCUUUGCUUCACACUGCAAAGAUGAUUACCAAGACUUCAAUAUCCAGAUCAUGAGGAGCAUCAAGAAUGGAUCUGUCAUCUAUUUCACUGCCACUAUUGAUGGUGUACUUCUGGAGGUGAAAGAAUCAAGCAUCACUGUAGAUGGGAAGGCAAUUUCUCUACCCUUCAGCUUGAAGAGUGUUCUAAUAGAAGAUCUUUACCCUUACUUCCAAGUCUCCUCCAAACUAGGCCUGACUCUCAAGUGGAACUGGGGUGACACUCUCCUAUUAGAUUUAGAAGAUAUGUACAAGGGGAAGACAUGUGGUUUGUGUGGCAACUAUGAUGACAAUGGAAAAAAUGAUCUGCUUCUUCAUGGCUAUAAGGCAUUCCCAUGGCAGUUUGGAAACCUUCAGAAAGUAGAAGAUCCAACAAAGAAGUGCCCUGAUGUACUUGGAGACAGUGGAAAGCAAAGGAACAACUCCCACCAGCAAGAUAAAUGCAAAAAUAGAUAUAAAUCUAAGUGCAAAAAAGUCCUCUCUCGCUUUGGGAACUGUACUAAGGUGAUUGCCAUGGAUGAUUACUUGUCCAUCUGCAUUGGUGACAUGUGUGACUGCUCCAAGAAAUCUUCUCAUUCUGAUCUGGUUGCAAUCUGUGUGUGCAGUACUCUCAGCCAAUAUGCUCGAGAUUGUGUCCUCAAAGGUGGAGACCCAGGAAAAUGGAGAUCCAAAGAACUCUGCUACCAGCAAUGUCCACACAACCUGCAAUAUAUGGAAUGUGGAAACCCAUGUGUUGACACCUGUUUCAACCCAGAAAGGAGCAAAAUAUGUAAAGCACCAUGUACUGAUGGCUGCUUUUGUCCUGAAGGGACAAUACUUGACGACAUCAAUGACAAAAAAUGCAUCCCUGCUGGCCACUGCCCAUGCACCUAUCAAGGCAAACUCUAUACUACUGGUGAAACCUAUUCUCUCUCCUGCCAGGACUGUACCUGCACUGGUGGGAAAUGGUCUUGCUUAUCCUUGCCUUGUCCUGGACACUGUAAAAUUGAAGGAGGAUUUCAUAUAACUACUUUUGAUAGGAAACAAUUCAUUUUCCAUGGCAACUGCCACUAUGUCAUAGCUAAGGACACCGAUGGAUCUUUUGUGAUCAUUGGAGAGAUAGCCCAGUGUGGCAUCUCAAAUACUACAACUUGCCUGAAGAAUGCUUUAAUUACUUUAGGAGCCAUUAACAUAAGAAUCUGUUCCUGUGGAGAUGUUUAUGUCAAUAAUAUCAUUGCAGCCUUGCCUGUAACUAAAGAUUAUAUCACUCUCUUCAGACCGUCCACAUUCUAUGUCAACAUUGUGACUCCUUCACGGGUACAAAUUCAAGUGCAACUGAAACCCAUUAUGCAGAUCUUCAUAACGGUAGAUGAAACUUACCAAAAUCGAACUUCUGGCCUGUGCGGGAAUUUCAACAAUUUGCAAGCUGAUGAUUUUCAAACCAUUAGUGGGAUUGUAGAAAAUUCUGCUUCCACAUUUGGAAACUCAUGGAAGACCAAGGCCAACUGUCCUGAUGUUCAAGACAGCUUUGAAGAUCCCUGUUGGAAAAAUGUGAACAAAGAAAAUUUUGGGCAGCAUUGGUGUGCCCUUCUAUUAAAUGCCAAUGGGAUAUUUGCUGAGUGUCAUUCUGCUAGUGAUCCUGCUCCUUAUGCUAAGAACUGUGCUUAUGACACUUGCAAUGCUGAGAACAGUAAAGAAGCUCUCUGCAGUGUCUUCUCAGCCUAUGCCAGAGAUUGUGCUUCAAAAGGAAUACAUCUGAAAGGAUGGAGAAGUGGCAUAUGUGAUGUGUCCAUGGAGUGCCCUAGAUCUAUGCAGUACAGCUAUGAAGUGAAGUUCUGCAACAGGUCAUGCCGUUCACUGGGGGAGCCUGACAUGCUGUGUAAUGUUCAGCUUGUCUCUGUGGAAGGCUGUGAAUGCCCUGAGAGGACUUAUCUUGUGAAUGAGAAUGAAUGUGUCUCUCCAGAGGACUGUCCAUGUUAUUAUAAAGGCCAGUUGAUCAAGCCUGGGACUUCAUUCCAAAAGGAUAGGUUCAUUUGCAAAUGCAUUCAAGGACAAUUGGAUUGCACUGGAAACACAGAAAUUAGGAAAGAUUGUCCUUCUCCUAUGUACUACUUUGACUGUGGCUCUACUGGUCCAAGUGCAACCGGAUCAGAAUGUCAGAAGAGUUGCAAAACACAAGAUAUGCAGUGUUAUGCUACAGAAUGUGUCUCUGGAUGUAUGUGUCCUGAUGGACUGGUGUCCAAUGGUAAUGGCAGUUGUGUUGAGGAGGAUCAAUGUCCUUGCAGCUAUGGAGGAAAUUUCUACAGUCCUGGAACAUACAUCACAGUCAACUGUAAUAAAUGCAUGUGCCAAAGGAGACAAUGGAGCUGUACAAAGAAUCCCUGCCAAGGAAUAUGCACUGUGUAUGGAAAUAGGCACUAUUUCAAUUUUGAUGGAAGAAAAUUUGAUUUUAUGGGAGACUGUGAUUAUAUCCUAGCUCAGGACUUCUGCCCCAAUAAUAUGCAGCCAGGGACAUUCCGAAUUAUAGUGCAAAACACUUCAUGUGGUAAAUCCCUCUCAGUGUGUUCCUUGAAAAUUAGCAUCUUCUUGGAGGGUAGUGAAAUCAGACUCCUAGGAGAGACAAUUGAGGAGAUAACUAAUACAUCAGACAUUGAAAAAAAAUAUAAAAUUUACCUCAUGGGGAUGUAUAUCACAAUUGAAACUUCCAAUGGAAUGACCUUCAUUUGGGAUCAAAAGACAACUGUGAUUGUGCAAGUGGCACCUUCUUUUCAAGGCAAAAUUUGUGGCCUUUGUGGUGAUUUUGACAACAGUGCCAACAAUGACUUUACCGCUAGAGGACAGUCUGUGGAGAUGGAUGCACAGGCAUUUGGAAAGAGCUGGAAAGUUACCUCUAGCUGUUCAGACAUAAACAAGAGAGAUCUCUGUGUGAAUCAGCCUUCCAAGCUUGUACUGGGGAGAAAGUACUGUAGCAUUAUCAAAAGUGAGGCGUUUGGAGCCUGUCACAGUAAAAUCAGCCCAACACCUUAUUAUGAAUCCUGUGUGUCUGAUUUCUGUGGCUGUGACAAUGUGGCAGACUGUGAGUGCUUCUGUACUGCCGUAGCUGCUUAUUCCAAGAGCUGUAGCAGGGCUGGCAUCUGUAUUGACUGGAGGAGUCCUACAAAUUGUCCCGUGUUUUGUGACUACUACAACCCACCCAACAAAAGAGAAUGGUACUAUAAACCCUGUGGAGAACCAUGUUUAAGGACCUGCAGGAAUCCUGCAGGAAAAUGUGAUAGUCUACUCUACAGUUUGGAAGGUUGCUAUCCAGAAUGCAAUGCUGAAAAGCCAUAUUAUGAUGAGGAAAAAAGAGAAUGUGUUUCAGUGCUUGAGUGCACCUCAUGUGAUCCAAAAGAAACACUCUGCUUGAACAAAUCAAAUGAAUGCCUCUGUUGCUAUAACAAGAAGACGUAUGCCUUGAAUGAAUUAAUAUUCAAUCAGACAUUUGGAGCUAAGUGCAUUGUAGCUGUUUGUGGUCCUGAUGGAAAGAUUAUUAAUAUAUCCACCCCAUGUGCAACAUUGCUGAAUGGCAACAUCCAGUUUGUGACAAAGGAUACGACAGGCUGGUGUGUUUAUGCCUUUUGUAAUGCAACUUGCCAGACUGAAUUCAGCUUUGGAGAAUGUGUCUCAUUCUCUACCACUGCAGUUCCAAGCAAGCAUGCCAUGAUCCCCAGUAGACCUUGUAAAGGAAAUAUACAGAAGUGUGGGAAGCAACCUCCUCCUUAUUCUGCUGGUAAUGUUCUUCCUGCAUUUACACCUGGGAGUGACUGCACUGACCUUGACCCUCCUAGAAAGUUUCAAGAAACAUGGAAAUUUGGAAAAUGCCAAGUUGCCACCUGCUUAGGUGGCAAACACAUUAAAGUAUCUGAUGUGCAGUGUCCACCUCCAAAGUUAAAACUUUGUGUCAAUGGAUUGCCACCUGUUAACAGCCAUGACACAUCUGACUGCUGUGAGAAUUUGGAGUGUCAGUGUGCUUGUAGUGGAUGGGGAAAUCAGCACUAUGUAACGUUUGAUGGAUCCUAUUAUAAUUUUCGUGGCAAUUGUACUUAUCUCUUGGUGAAGCCAAUCAGACCUGGCUCUCAGAACUUCUGGAUCCAGCUGGACAAUCAUUAUUGUGCAGCCUCAGAAAGAGCUGUUUGCUCCAUGACCCUUUUCAUAUCUUACAACCACUCUAUCAUCAUUUUGACACAUGGAUCUAAAAAUGGAAAAGAAGGCAACCUGGUUCUGUAUAACAAUAAAGAAGUUGCUCCAAGAUUUUCAAAUGAUGGUUUUGAUAUUACAACCUCCAGUCAAUAUGUGCUGGUUAAAAUACCUGAAAUUGGACUGUACGUCACCUAUACGCACCUAGCUUUUUAUAUAAGCCUGUCUUUCAGCACUUUUUAUAACAAUACUGAGGGACAAUGUGGAACAUGUAACAACAAAAAGACAGAUGAUGCAAUGAAAAGGAAUGGCAAGAUUGCAGAUUCUUUCACAGAGAUGGCAAAGGACUGGAAAGUUAUGGACCUUGUGACUAGACAUUGUGAUUCAGAUCAACAUCUUCAACAAUCCCAGGCUGAAAUGUCACUAUCCAAAAUGGCUGCUUGUGUAGUUCCUUCCCUAUGUAAACUUAUCUGGAACUUAACAGAAUGUCACAGUGCUGUUCCCCCACGGCCUUACUAUGAUGCCUGUGUUAUGGAUGGAUGCUCCUCACCAAAGCAGAGCACUGAAUGUGGAAAUCUGCAGGCCUAUGCAGCCUUGUGUGGUUUUCAUGGGAUCUGUGUGGACUGGAGAAGCAAAACCAAUAGGAAGUGCGAACUGACAUGCUCUGGAGACCAAAUUUAUAAUCCAUGUGGGAAGAUGGAAAGGCUUACUUGCUCUAGUGGAAAAAAUGCUUCCAGUGCCAACCUACCACAAGGUGACAUUCAAGGAAAAUUUGUUGAAGGAUGCUUCUGCCCUGAUGGAUUGAUCCAGCUGAAGGACCAUGAUAGUAUUUGCGUCACUGUCUGCGGUUGCAAAGGACUUGAUGGACUAGUGAGAGAGCCAGGAGAGAACUGGGAAAAAGAUUGUCAGGUUUGCACCUGCAGCAAGGAAACUCUGGAGAUUUCUUGUACACCUCAUGUUUGUGCCAGGUUUCCACCAACCACUUGCAUCAAGGAAGGAUUUGUCCCUGUAGUGCAGAUACAGUCAGAAGACCCCUGCUGUACAGAGACAGUAUGUGAAUGUGAUGUAAAGUCCUGUUCUCCAAACAAACAAGAAUGCAACCUAGGCUUCCAGAUUGCAACAAUCACUUCUCAAGAUGCAUGCUGUCCCACUUACUUUUGUAGACCAAAAAAUGUUUGUGUUUCUCAAGGAACUGAGUAUCAGCCUGGCUCCUUGGUACAUUCUGAUUCUUGUGAAGAAUGCAUCUGCACUGAAGCACAGGAUCCUAAGACUAAAACCAAUGAAAUUAAGUGCUCACCAGUGAAGUGCUCUACUGAAUGUCAACAGGGUUUCCGCUAUGUACAGGAAGAAGGAAAAUGCUGCGGUGAAUGUGUGCAGAUAGAAUGUGUGGCAGAACUAUCAUCUGGAAUAGUGACCGUUGGAGUUGGGCAGACGUACAAGGAUCCACAUGAUAACUGUACUCAGUAUCUAUGCACCAGGUUAUCAGAUCAGUUUAUUCUGAGCAGCACAGUAAAGGCUUGCCAAGUGUUAGAUCAAUCAAACUUAUCCCAGGAACCUUGCAGACAACUCCAGAUGGAUGCUGUGAGACCUGUGAGUGUACUCUUGUCCCAUGAUUGUAAAAUUAGUCUGAAGAAACAAUACAUCAUUCAUAAUCAGUGUAAAUCAGUCAUUCCUAUCAUCAUACCUUCCUGUGAAGGCUCCUGUGACACAUAUUCUGUGUAUUCCUUUGUCACUCACAAAAUGAAGCACAGAUGCACAUGUUGUCAUGCUACAAAAUACCAUGAAGUCAGUAUGCAGCUGAUUUGCAAGAAAAAGAAGAGAGCUAAAUACACCUAUCUUCAUGUAGAUGAGUGUGGCUGUGUAGAGACCAUAUGCCCAACAUAGAACUGUGCCAAAAUGUUUGCAAGGUGUACUU